GUGGGGAAUUCCCCACCAAUGAAAGGUAUCCUUUUCAAUUUCCUCUUUUGAGGGGUUUGAGUUCCUUAUAAAUACCCUCUCUGAAUCUGACAGCACACAGUACAAGUCUCAUCUCCCUUUGGCUUUACCCCUCUGUGGUGGCUUGGGCCAGGAACCAUGAGGCUCUGUGUCUGCUUCGUUCUGCUCUCCAUUAUCCUCUGUGCAAGUGCUGACUCAGCAAUAGCCCGAGGUGGACGAUUUGUCUGGGAUGCACUGGGAGGGGCAAAGGAUAUGUACAGAGCAUACCAGGACAUGCGUGAGGCAAAUUACAAAGGUGCUGACAAGUAUUUCCAUGCUCGUGGGAAUUAUGAUGCCGCCAGAAGAGGACCUGGUGGUGCCUGGGCAGCGAAAGUGAUCAGCGAUGCCCGGGAGAAGUGGCAAAGCGAUGUGAGUGGCAGAGGCGCAGAAGACACCCGAGCUGACCAGGAGGCCAACGAGUGGGGUAGAAAUGGUGGUGAUCCCAACCGCUACAGACCUGCUGGCCUUCCCAGCAAAUACUAACGCCACCCCGAAAGAGCCCCUCUGCUCCCCUGUUACACCUCCUCUCCGCAGCCAAAUAAAGCAUCUUUUGCAAACCA